UAUUCUCUGGUUUAUGGUGUGUGUAAGUACGCGAGGUGUCCUCUGUUGGGCCUCCCGGAUCUGUAAAACGUUUCAAUCGCUUUCUGAAAGUCCAUUCGCUUGCGCCAUUAGUAGUCGUACACAUGUUCAUACAGUAAACAAAGGCACUGAGACUAAAGCGAGUGUUAUGCAUGUUUGAAACAUGAACACAAAUCGACUUAACGGUAUAAUAAAGCGUUAACGGCCUCUAUUGAGAACACACCACCGUUUUUUGACCAUUGAAAAUCCUUACUUUUUUUUUAUCAUUAAGUAUAUAAUGUAUUUUUAAUUAAUCUCGUUUAGAAUUAUGUUAUUGCUAACAGUCCUCUGCAAACUAAACCGUAAAAAAACACAAUAAUCCCAAAAUCGUAAAGUGUAGCGAUCGAAGUGACAUUAGAAAGUAAAAACAUAGUUGAAUGAAACUGUAACAUCUGUGGUCGUACGUCUGUAGACAUCGGUCCCUUUCCACUCGACGCUCACACACGCAUCGGCACACAAGCUAGUUGAUCGAGCGCGGCGGCCAAGUGUUGUUGAGUGUUUCCUUCAGGACUGCUUCCGUAUUUCGCAAAAUGAGAUUAGCGGCACCAUUUGCGUUAGUAGUAGCAACAUGUUUCGGUUUAGAUUCUGCAGUAUACAAUGGUUUUGAGAAUGGAUUCGAGUACCGAAUAGAGCAUGUGGCACAAAGUUGGGACGCGGCGAAAGCGAGCUGCAUGCAAGACAACGCGUCAUUAGCUGUGCCCAAAACAGAGGCUGAAUUCAAGUUCAUCCAAUCGCUCGUGCGCUCGAUGAUGUUUAACGAUAUCGUGCACGCUGAUUACAAAUUCCUAGUUUGGUUGGGCAUCGAGAACAGACACGAUUGUGCAACUUGGAUAACCGUUGAUGGAGAACCUCUUCAAAACUUCUACAACAAAUGGAGUGAUGGUAACGGAAUUUCAACGAGCCACGCCAAUGAUCCUCGCUGCGCCGGAAUGGACGGCAUUAACCCUGGCCUUCGCGACUGGUGGUGUGAGAAGGCGCAGCCGUUCGUAUGUCAGCGCCAGCAGGCCACGUUUGUGCUCAUCUGAUGUUCCGUCGUAGUUUUCAAAGGUGUUAUGGGCUCAUUAACCAGAUUGAAGUUUCCCUGCUCCAAAUGGCACUCACAUGAAGCGCUGCGGGUUGUGCCAACCAAUGCAAUACAUUAUUUCGACUAAUUAUAUGCUUAUUGUAAUGUACGUUUUCAUAGCAUUUCGUAUAUUUAAUGAAACAUUAUUUUUGUAAGAGGUAUUAUAACUUUUAUUACACACUUUGUUGUUAACGAACCAGCAGACAAUUAUAACACGAG